AUGGAUCUCAAAGAAAUUUGUGUUGGAAGUCUGAACUGUGUUCUUCUGACUCAAGAGAGGGAUGAUGAACUUUCAGGUUCCAUACUAGGAGGAUGGGGUGUGGUUACAAUUCUGAGCGCGCUGGCAGCAGCUGUACCGGCCAUACCAGUGUCGGCCAUCGAGGAAAGCUACGGCCACCUGGCCGUAGCGCCUAUAGCUCUCUCGCAUGCUCCAGCGCUGGAAAUCUCACACGCACCCAUCGCAAUAGCUCACGCACCUGUGAUCAAGGAAGUGGAACACGAUUCCCCACCACAGUACGAAUUCAAGUACGGAGUUAAGGACACUCAUACUCAGGACAUCAAGGAGCAGGCCGAGAAGCGCGUUGGUGACAAGGUUGAAGGAUACUACAGUCUGUUGGAGCCUGAUGGUACAACCCGCACUGUUAAAUACACCGCUGACCAUCACAGUGGUUUCAACGCUGUCGUCACGAAGUCCGGACAAGCUGUCCACCCCGCCGCCCCUGUUAAGGUGGCCGUUCCUGUCCAAAAGGUCGUGGCAGCUCCUGUCGUCUCCUACGCCCACGCGCCUCUAGCCUCCCAUGAAGAUGCUCUUAGUCUGGGCAGUUAUGCUCAUGACGCAGAACUUAUUUACCAUUAA